UUUCAACAGCUGAUCCAUGAUGGCCGACGAUAGGCGAAGACCGUAGUGCCUCCGAGCUAUCCGAGCUAUCCGGUUUGUUCUAACAGUUUUCAAUCAUAAGCUUUUUUUAACGUAAUAACUGAUACAAUCGGAACGACAAGAAGUAACGUAAUUGGAGUUUUCCACGUUUGGACGGGCUUGACGAUGGAAAGUGAGAUCCAAGAUGUUCCUAUCGCAGAGUUUGGCUCAGGGCAAAUGGAAAUUGGGACACAGCUGUCAUCCUCCAGCAUGAUGACAAUUUCACAAACGCCAAGCGAAUCUGCAGCUGCUUCCUUGAGUAUGAAGACAAUCACACCCUCAUGUUCACAAAUUUCCAUGGAAAUUUCGUUAAACGGUCCGAAUGAAGAUUGCAUGGACCAGGAUGAUACAAUUGGCAAGAUGGACGAUACGGAUGAAGCCACUUACAAUGGGCCUAACAGUCAAUGCACUUCGGUAUCUGGUGGCAUGGAAGGUGCUACUUCUAGUGACGAUCUUCGUCAGUUUGACAUCCUUGAUGAUCUCGAACGUCAUGGUGCUGCUGAUCAUGACGACGAGGAUGAAGAAGGGGAUGGUGAUGAGGACGAUGGCUCUGAUUAUGAAUCUGAUAGCAAUGACUCCGUUGAUUCCGAUGUACCGGAUGACGAGAUUGAAGCUAUGUUGGAAGAGGGUUUGCCAGCCGAACUCCGAGGGAAACGAAAAGAAAAAGGAGCGGAUCAUAUGCCUUACGAGGAGAAAGAAAAACUUGUUUUGGACGAAAUAGGGCACAAUCAUUUCGACGUAUUGCCAGAAGGUUGGGUCCAGGUGACCCACAAUAGUGGUAUGCCAUUGUAUCUGCACAAGCAGAGCAGAGUUUGUACGCUAGCGAAACCUUAUUUCCUUGGUCCGGGCAGCGUGAGAAAGCACGAGGUACCAGUGAGUGCGGUUCCUUGUCUCCAAUACAAAAGAGCUCUGCAGGAAGAAGAAGAAGAACGAAAGAGGGAAAAAGAACGACAUCCAACGGCAGAGACAUGCACUUUGCCGAGCGCUAAGAUCGAAACUAUUCAGGAAAAUCGUGCUGCUCAUUCUCUCGACAGUCAACACUUAAGAACUUACUGCCAAACACUGUUUCGUUUUAAAGCAAUUAAAGUUAUGAGAUUUCAAUCCUGGUCUGCAAGAAGAAAGUUUACUAAAAACAAAAAGCAUCGGAAACAACUGGAACGACCCACACUCCCGGAUGGCACUAAAUUAAUUACAUUUCCCAUUGGGAGUACAACCGCCACGGGAAACGGAAGUCCUGGUACCGGUCAAGAAACAGGAGGUCAAAGACCUCCCAAACAUUGGAUUAUGAAUCCUUCGGGUAAAAGUUACGUUUGUAUUCUUCACGAAUACGUCCAACACGCUCUUAAAAAACAACCGACCUAUAAAUUCAAAGAGUUGGAGAAUGCUGCAACGCCCUAUUCCGCAGUAGUCUGCAUCAACGAUAUGGAAUACGGGAGUGGAUUCGGGAGUAGUAAGAAACAGGCAAAAGCUAACGCUGCGAGAAAAACCCUUGAAAUAUUGAUUCCUCAAAUGCGAGACAAAAUUUCGGGAGAAACGAGUGGCGACGGAGUCUCUAGCAAUGCCGGUCGCACGAUAAAAGCUUCCAGAGGUAACGCCGACGCCGAUUUAUCUUUUUUCGAUGAAAUAUCGAUAACUGAUCCAAGAGUGGCUGAAUUUUGCGCAAAAACGACUGAACCUUCCCCUCACGCUAUUCUCAUAACGUGUUUGCAACGAAAUUUCGGCCUGGGCGACAUGCACAUCAAUUACUCUGUCAACACACUCAAACACCAACGCAAUGAAUUUACCAUGCGCGUCGCCAAACACGAAGCCACCGUGGUGUGUCGGAACAAAAAAGACGGUAAACAACGAGCAGCCCAAGCGAUCCUGCAGUUGUUGCAUCCGCACAUUCAAUCGUGGGGUUCACUACUCCGACUGUACGGUUCUCGGAGCGUAAAAUCGUUCAAAGAGAAGAAACAAUUGGAGCAAGAGAUAACGUUGUUACAGGGAAAAGCAGCGGUGAAUCAACCGAAUCACGCGAUAUUAGGAAAGCUGCGUCAAGAGAUGCGAAAGUUGUCGGAACAGCGGCAGGCCAUACAGCCAAUCGGAAAAUUUGUACCGCCUGAUUUGCCCAAAGGUUCAGCAGCGAAUUUGAACAACGUUGACUUGUAGCCAGUCUAGUCAAUCGUCUCUGUCACAGCGUAUAGGAUUUUUUUUAUUUUCUUUUUCUUUUGCAUUUAUAAAUGCCUAGUCUCGUUCGUCGAACGCACAAACUGAGAUCAAAAAGAUUUCGACGUAAAAGAUGGAUGUGAAAAAUCAGAAUUAUCGGAACACAUCGAGUUGUACUAAUAGUUUUUAUUCGUGUAACAUUUUUUUCAUUACAGUUCAAAUAUUCACGCUUUAAUCGUUGGUAUUGUGUUUCUCAUUACUUAAUAACUGACGUACAACAAGUUGUUAUUUAUUCAAUAGUGUGUAUAUAUACAAAUUUCACUGUCAUCAGGAGGAAAAAGGAAAACAAUAAAAAAUACUUGAUCACUGCCCUAUAAA